AUGACCGACGAGAGAGUAGGCAGGAGUGUGACAGGCGGGGUGGAGCCCGAGUACUCGCAUCUCUUCACCAACUCGUCAUUCAAGGAGAACGUGUAUCCGCCUUCGGAGGACUCUUUCCUGCUCCUCGACAGCGUCCUCGCCGACGUGGCGAGCUAUCUGCCUCCGCCUGGCGCUCCGCUGACAGUUUUAGAACUGGGUGCGGGAUCAGGCUUUGUUCUGGCUGGUGUGGCCAUGGGCAUCGGCGAGGAUGCUGCGGCGCCGCCGGCGUACAUUGCCGUCGACGUCAACUCCGUCGCUCUCGAGGCGACGCGGACGACAUGGGACGCAUCGGGCCUGCCAGCCGACUCGCUCCAGUGUGUCCAGGCUGAUGCGCGUCAGGAUCUUGCGCCAGAGGUCGGCCAGCUUGCCCACGUGCUGUUGUUCAACCCGCCGUACGUGCCGACACCAACAGAGGAGAUCGCCUCUGACGGCAUCGUGGCGUCCUGGGCCGGAGGCAUCCGCGGGCGCGAGGUUCUCGACCAAGCUCUGCCGCACUGGCUAUCGCUGCUGGCGCCCGAUGGCGUCGCCUACCUGCUACUGUUGGCCGAGAACGAUCCGCCCGAGGUCCAGAGCAUGCUGAGUGCUCUUGGCUACGACUCGACCACCAUCGCCUCCACCCAGGCCGGCAUCGAGUCGCUCUCCAUCCUCCGCAUUCAUGCCAAACCAUGGACCAUUCACACCAAGAACAUCAACGCGGUCGACGCCGAUGAACGAAGGUCGCGCGAUGCGGUCAUUCAAGCCGCCAAGAAGCGCAUCAAGGAGCAGGCCGCCAAGGAGCGCGAGCGGGAGGCACAGACAAAAUUCUCACGGAAUUUGCGGCCGCACACCGAUGACGAACGCCUUCGCGUUCAGCUGCAGCGAAUGAUGCGCCACACAAAGGUCAUCAUGGCCCCUAAGAUUGUGUCUGUCGUUGUCCCGCCGGGUUACGAGGAACCGUUGGUUGUCGACGCCUCGCCUGACCGCCACCAUGCCUCACCACAGCGAGCCGCCCGUAAGCCGUCCAAGAUCCUCUCGCGCACUCGCCGCCACUUUGAGCCGCCACCGGAUGUGUCUGCCAACGUCGCCCUCGCUGCCGACUUUGUCCGCCUGCCUACAUCAGCGGUGAUCCCGUCGCCACGGGCGCCGCGCUCCACCACCUCGCGUACCGCACGCUCACAGCUCUCGGUCUCGCCGUCGGCUGCGGCGUCAUCGGCCGCAGCCUCCGACUACGACGGCGAAAUCCCGGUCAUUCUCGUUCGCCAUGAGUAG